UCAAUCCAAAUUUUCUUGAAACAGGACAGACUUUGGAGAAAGACCAGAUCAAACACAAAAUCUACAACCUGUAAAGGUGUGGAUGCCAACAGGAACUUCCCAUUCCACUGGAAGGAGGGCAGGGAGAAUAAUGCUGUACCCUGUGAAGAAAUCUACCCAGGGGACACAGCAGAGUCAGAACCCUGCAUUAAACAUUUCAUCAACUAUGUGUCCAGUAUUGCCAAAACCAAGCGCAUUGUUGGGUACAUCAGUUUCCACUCCUAUGGCAAAUACUGGUUAGUUCCAUAUGCUUACACUACAAAUAAGGUGCCAAACUAUGCAGAAUUGAUGGACAUUGCUAAAACUGGAGCUGCUGCUUUGAAACAGGUCAGAGGCACUCAAUAUGGAAUUGGGAUUCCUGGGAACGUCGUUUACGCUGCCAGUGGUUCAUCCAUGGACUGGGCAUAUGGAGCAGCCAAAAUUCCAUAUGUCUUCACCUUAGAACUGCCUCCAGGAUCCCACGACUCUUGGGCCAACGGGUUCCUCUUGAGCGCAACCCAGAUCAAACCCGUCUCCGAGGAAACUUUUGUCGGGAUCAUGGCCACCGCAGAUGCCAUCAACAAGAAACUCAAAAAAUAACAAAAUAUCUUUUCACCACACUCACGAAGACCCUGAAAAAAAAAAUUAUGAAGAAGAAGAAAACACCAGAAGUCCAAAUAAAAAAAAUAAAAAAACGAUCCUGAGAAAUAAAGCGAAACAGCCGAAACUUCCGAAUA